AUGCCAAGACUCCAUGGGAAGAUCCGAGAUCUGACCCGCUUCGACGCGCAGUUCUUCAGCACGCACCCGAAGCAGGCACACGUGAUGGACCCACAGCUGCGAUUGUUGUUGGAGACGUCGUACGAGGCCAUCGUGGACGCCGGCUACGACCCGGAGCAGCUGCGCAAGCGCAAGAUCGGUGUCUUCAUAGGCAAUUCGGCCUCGGAGUCAAACGAGGCGUUCAAGAUGAACCCGGCGAAAAUGGAUGGCUACGUCAUACUGGGAUGCCAUAGGGCCAUGUUUUCCAACCGAAUUUCAUACUCGCUCGACCUACAGGGGCCGAGCAUGACCAUUGACACAGCCUGCUCGUCAACGUUGGUAGCCCUGAACGAAGCCGUGGUUUCGCUUCGGGCGGGACGCUGCGAGGCAGCCAUCGUAGGAGGAGCAAGCAUCACCCUCGAUCCCCACGUCAUGACGAACUUCAAGAUGCUCGGAGUGCUCUCAGAAGACGGAAAAUGCCGGCCCUUCGACUCAAGGGGCGUUGGCUACGUUCGCAGUGAGAGUGUCGGCGUGUUCUUUCUUCAACGGUUUUCUGACGCCCGACGUGUGUACGCGAAGAUCAUCAACGUCAACGCGAAUGCAGAUGGUUUCAAAGAACAAGGUGUUCCAUUUCCAUCGGCCGACGCGCAGGCGAAGCUCCUUCGUGAUGCAUACGCCGAAGUCGACGUAGACCCUACAAAAGUGGUUUAUGUCGAGGCACAUGGAACCGGAACCAAGGCUGGCGGCAUUAGUGAGCUGGAGGCAAUCAGCAAUGUGCUUUGUUCACCAGGGCGCGAGAAGCCACUAAAGAUCGGAUCUGUCAAGAGCAACAUGGGACACUCAGAGAGCGCAUCAGGCGUCCCCGCUGUGGCGAAAGUGAUCCUCGCCAUGGAGACGGGAACCAUAGCGCCCACUAUGCACUUUGAGAAUCCGGAUCCGGACAUGCCCUCUUUGCACGAUGGGCGCGUGGAGGUGGUUCACAGGCCGACGCCGUUCGAUGGUGGCAUGGUAGGCCUGAGUUCCCAGGGCAUCGGCGGUGCAAACGCGCACGCAAUCUUAGAAUCCAAUCCAAGUCCGCAUGUGGACUCCCUUCCGCGCUUGAAGCCGGAGCUUCCAAGGCUUGUUCUUAUGGCUGGAAGGAGCAACGAAUCGCUAAUGCGCACAUUGGAUCGAGUUGAAGCCGAAUCGCCGUACCCAGACUCGGGGUAUGCCCUCCUGAAUCGAGUCGGUCAGCCAAGCGUGAAGUUGUUCCCGUAUCGAGGCUUUGCAAUUGUACCCGUGGACAACUCGGGCAGGACGACCGUUAAGGUAGCCGAGCGGGCUCCGUCCGAAAAGCGACCCCUCUGGUUUGUAUUCACUGGCGUCGGCUGCCAGUGGAAAGGCAUGGCGCGCCAGAUGAUGCAUUUUGAAGUCUUUGCUGACUCUAUCCGCAAGUCUCACGUAUUACUGCAAGAGCAACACGGAGUCGACCUGAUCGAUCUGCUGACCUCUGACGAGCCCCGAUGCAAGACAAUCGGGGGAUCUUUUGCCUCAAUUGUUUCAAGUCAGGUAGCACUAGUGGACAUGCUCCAGGCUUUGGGCAUCCAACCGGACGGCAUGGUGGGGCAUUCUGCUGGCGAGGUUGGGUGUGCAUAUGCAGACGGAGGCCUUAACGCCAAGCAAGCUGUUCUUUCGGCCUACUGGCGGGGCCGCUGCAUAGAACUGGGCUAUGCGUUCGAUGGUGCUAUGGCUGCAGUAGGACUCACGUGGGAAGAGGCAAAAAGACGUUGCCCCCCUGGUGUGUCCCCAGCUUGCCACAACGCGGAUGAUUCUGUGACAGUGUCUGGUACCAUCGAAGCCGUGGAGACGAUGGUCGCGCAACUCCAAGCCGAGAACAUCUUUGCCCGCAAGAUCGACAGCAUGGGCGUGGCUUUCCACAGCAAACACAUCGAAAGCAUCGGUCCUGCCUUCCGGGAAGUGCUAAACAAGGCCAUACCGCAGCCUAAGCCACGCAGCAAGCGCUGGAUCAGUACAUCGGUGCCAGAGAGUCGCUGGCAUGAACCUGGCUCGCAGCUAUGCUCGGCGGAGUACCACACCAACAAUUUCCUAAACCCCGUGCUCUUCCGGGAUGCUCUCAAACAUGUGCCCCAGGACGCCAUCUUGCUGGAGAUUGGACCACACUGCCUUUUGCAGGCGAUCCUCCGACGUGCUGUAGGCCCUGACGCUACAUGCCUGGGCCUCAUGAAACGCGACGCUGACAACCUGCAGUAUUUUCUGAACUCACUGGGCAAACUUCACACUCUUGGCGUCGAGCUGGACCUGUCGGUGCUCUAUCCUCCAGUUCCAUGGCCCCUGCCCCGUGGUACACCUAACAUCGGCCACUUGGUCAGCUGGGAUCACUCCCAAAGCUGGGAUGUCGCUCAUUGGAAAGAUUUUCCUUCGCCAGAAAAGACGUUCGAAGAUGUUAUGGACGUUGACAUCGAAGCACACAGCGAAGACAAGUACUUGGUAGGUCACCAGCCAGAUGGACGUAUCCUAUUCCCUGGUACUGGCUACUUGGUUUUUGUUUGGAAGUUCCUGUCUAGCCGCUAUGGAAGACCUAUGAACGAGACGGCUGUUAUCAUCGAGGACGUGAGAAUGCAGCGUUUCACGAUACUGCCUUCAACAGGUCGUGUGCGCUUCCAGAUCAGCAUGAUGCCUACAUCUGGCGAGUUUGAAGUGUCCGAGGGCAGAGCCGUGGUUUGCAAAGGCCGGAUCCGCAUGGUCGAAGAAGGCGAGACGGUACUCCUCACGGACCCUCCGGGAGCGCCUACAGAGAAUGUUUCGUACGAUAUGGACUGUGCAGACGUUUACAAGGAGCUGAGACUGCGCGGAUACCAGUACUACGGAGCCUUCCAGGGAACCCUCAAAGCUGCGUCACAGAAACCAUACGCAAAGUUGAAGUGGGAGGACAACUGGGUGGCCUUCCUCGAUACGCUAGUGCACAUGAGCUUCAUCUGGAAGCCGAAGAGAGGCUUCGUCUUGCCUGUGAGGAUACAGUCAAUCCGCCUCGACCCCAAGGUACAUGCAAGGAUCACCGAAGCGGUAAAGGACGCAGGAGUGGAUCUCGUCUACAACUCCUACGAGAACAUACGCCGUGCUGGUGGCGUCGAAGUAAGAGGCGUGAAAGUUAACAGCAUACAGCGCCGCCCAAUGCUCCAGACGCCAGUUAUAGAAGAAUACCGCUUUGUUCCUUACCUUGAUAAUGAGGUCAUCAGUAGCGAUCGUGAGAAAUUUUUGCGAGAGUAUGCGGACGUGUGCUCCUGCAUGAGCCGACGCAUCAUGGAGAAGAUCGACGACAAGAAAAGUCACUCUAACAAAGCUUUGCAGAACUUCGUCGACGUACCAGGAGAAGUCCUCGACCGGUGCACCGAGAACAUUGCUCCAAAUCAAGGCUUACUCCAGCUACUUGUUACCACCCACAAAGAAGCCAACGGCGCUGCAUCACUGGCUUCCGUGGUGAAAUCGGCACUACUCUCCUCCAAAAAAGCCAUCGAGGAGGAUAUUCUGAACACCAGCAUCCUAACAGAGGACCCCCUCAGAUAUGUCCUUGACGUAGUGCUCGAAAAUACAAGCUCCAAGAAACUUCGUGUCCUAGAAUUAGCAGACAAAGAGAGUGUCAUGGCCAUAGGACCGCGGGUGUCUGCUCUUUUAUCCCUGUACGAUGUACACCUAAAGACUGAAUAUACUUUCGCACACCUCAACCCAGACAGACCCGCACCGGAAGAAGUCCCUGAAGGCAAAGCAGUGAUCACACGGGACCAUCAUUCGGCGUCUGGCUCAGAAACGCUGCCUGAUGCUGACUUGGUGGUUGCCUUCUGCGGUGUCAUGAGUGCCUCUGUUGACCUGGAUACUUUGGCUGAAAAAGCGCACUCGCAAUGCAAGGAACACGGAUUCGUUCUUCUCUGCCAUCGCACAGCGCUGACCGCGGCAGAGGCGCUCCUGUCGCGAGUGAGCGGUGUUCCCUUUCCAGUUUACUCCGAGAAUGCAACGACUGCCGUUCUUGCGGCUCGUGGAUUUCGGUUGGUGGCGCAAAAGUCGAAUAACCUAUCGACGCUUCUGCUGUUCAGGAAAGUUACCACGCCCGUCGACGCUACCAAGCAGGUGGUUGUUGGCGUGCAGAAUGCAUGCUUCGGAUGGGUCGAGUCACUGAAGGAAAAAGCUGUGGAGCACGGCAGGAAGCCAACAGGAGAAAACAUCUGGCUACUCGCAGAAGACUCCGGUGAAAGUGGCAUCCUAGGUUUAAUGAACUGCCUUAGAAAGGAGACCGUAGGACGUCACAUUCGGUGCGUGUUUGACGCCAACGUGAAAGGUUCCAACAGCGCAGCGCACUUCAACCCCGCCAACCCUGCCUAUAAGGACAUAAUAGAGAAGGACCUGGUCAUGAACGUCUGCCGCGAUGGACAGUGGGGUUCCUAUAGGCACCAUGCUGAGCUGUCGCGGGGCACCGCCAAGAAAACUACGCAGUACGCUUACCUCAACGUCCAGACACGCGGAGAUCUGUCGAGCCUCCAGUGGUACGAGUCUCCGCUGAACUACCUCUCCCCUUGCGAGAAAGCCGGCUCCGAGGGACUGUUCGUCGACGUAUACUACGCGGCUGUCAACUUCCGUGACGUCAUGCUUGCCAGUGGAAAAGUAAACAUGGACACGGCACGCGGUGACAACGUCGCCGAGGAGGCCUUCCUCGGGAUGGAGUAUUCAGGCCGCGACUGGAAUGGACGGCGUGUGAUGGGAAUGGUCCUCGGCAAGGGCAUAGCAACCGCACUCGCGGCCGACCCAGUCAUGAUGUGGACUAUUCCCGAAAGCUGGACCAUGGAAGAGGCGGCUACGGUCCCCGUGGUGUACUCCACUGCCUACUACGCUCUGGUGAUACGCGCCGACAUUCGACCUGGGCAGUCGCUCCUAGUCCAUAGUGGCAGCGGAGGCGUUGGACAAGCCGCAAUCUCAAUUGCUCUUUCCAUGGGAUGCACUGUCUUUACCACUGUGGGAUCUGAGGAGAAGAGAGAAUUUCUCAAGCGGCGCUUUCCAGUGUUAGAAGAUCGAAACUUUGCAAACUCACGAGACCUCUCCUUCGAAGAACACAUCAUGAGUGAAACGAAAGGCCGGGGUGUGGACUUGGUGCUCAACUCGUUGUCUGAAGAGAAGCUGCAGGCCAGCGUGCGCUGCUUGGCAACUCACGGCCGUUUCGUGGAGAUCGGAAAGUUUGACCUAUUCGAGAACAAUAAUUUGGGCAUGUCCGUGUUCCUACAAGACACCAAUUUCCACGGGGUCAUGUUGGACAGCUUGCUGCUCCCUGACACGACUGCUCUGGCUCACAAGCACCGUGUCGGAGAGCUUCUCAACGAGGGAAUAAAAUCCGGCGUCGUGCAGCCGCUGGAUGUCACCAUGUUCACCCGAGAGCACAGCGAGAAGGCGUUCCGUUUUAUGGCCUCUGGAAAACAAAUUGGCAAGGUCUUGAUCCAGAUGCGGACGGAAGAGAGCGAGCACAUGACCCGCGCGCCUUCGCUGACAGUGGAAGCGGUGGCGUGUCCCUGCUUCUACCGACACAAGUCUUACGUCAUUGUCGGUGGCCUUGGUGGCUUCGGUCUGGAGCUCGCCGAGUGGAUGGUGUCACGUGGCUGCCGCAAGAUGCUCCUGGUCUCCAGGAGCGGUGUGCGUACGGGCUACCAGAGGCUUUGUCUUCAGCGGUGGAGCGACCUGGGAGCCACAGUGCUCGUAAGCAACGACGAUGUCUCUACGGAGGAAGGCGCUCGCAAAAUUGUCGACAAUGCAGCAGCCAUGGGUCCUGUGGGCGGCAUUUUCAACUUGGCCAUGGUUCUUCGCGACGCCUUGAUUGAGAACCAGUCGCCCGAGAUGUUCGCCGAUGUGUGCAAGCCAAAAUUUCUGGGAACUCAGUGUCUCGACGACGUGUCGCGAAGGGGUUGUCCUGAGCUCGACCACUUCAUCGUUUUCUCCUCCGUGGCCUGUGGUCGCGGCAACGUUGGCCAGACAAACUACGGCUUCGCGAACUCCGUCAUGGAGCGUCUUUGCGAGCGUCGGGUUGCGGAUGGACUCCCUGGCUUGGCCAUACAGUGGGGCCCUAUCGGAGACGUUGGCGUAGUCCACGAUGUAUUCGGCGAUGACGCAUCAGUUGCUGGACUUUUGCCACAGCCAAUAAAUUCUUGUUUGGAGGUGUUGGACUACUUCCUGAGCCAAAGUCACCCCGUCGUGUCGUGCUUUGUCAAGAAAAACCAGUCUUCAGCUUCAGACAGCAUCGACAAGCGAGAUCUCGUUCAGAGCUUGGUUCAUAUACUUGGGAUCAAAGACCCAUCGAAAAUGAGCCCGACCGUGAGCCUCGGCGAGCUGGGCAUCGACUCGUUGAUGGGCAUCGAGGUGAAGCAGCUGCUGGAGCGAGACUACGACGUUGCCCUGACUGCGCAAGAAAUCCGGCAGCUUACCGUCAAUCAGUUAAGAGAGAUCAGCAAGGCCUGCAGCGAAAACUCACCAGUGCCUGACACUUAGUUUGUGGCGGAAGGACAAGGUACGCCGCCCUCGACAGGAUAUACAUUUAGCUGGGCAACCUGGCGGUCCGCUAUAUUUACAUGUCACGUAACCACGCACUGCACAGCGUCGCCCUGAUGUCCCGGAGCAUAUGUUGCAUGCGCAGCCAGCGACCUCAGGGUGCCACACGAUCUGAUCCGCUGUAAAAGAUAGGGAGGGCAAGUACCUAUGGGGAAAUCCCGGAAUUUAAUUUAGCUCGAGGAAUAGAGCUUGUGUUGCGCGCUUCCCUAAUGGUGCAUUUCUUUUGCUGCAAGCUAUGAGCGCGAGAAGGGGCGUGUUUGGUGCCUCGUUACGUAAGCGCGUUACGGAAAAUGGUAACGACGCGCAGCGCGUUUGGCUGCAAAAAGGACUAUGCUAGUUAGAUGCAACCAUAUGCUUCGCUCGAUCGGCUCGUCAGAAGAGCCAGGGCGGCUCUGCCUUCCGCUGCUGGCGUAAUCGUUAUGCGCAAUGCACACAAGCGUCCGUGUUACGUAGCAGCACAACAGCCAGCACACCUUGGGCUGCAGCUAUCUGGUACACCUACUGCGCGCUCACAAACGUGGAAGCUUCACCCUAGGUUUUCCAUAUUGGGGUUCAUCGGUGUUCACCGCCGGCAGCGCAAGUCACGCGAGCAUUUUCAGACCCCUGGUAUUUGCCAGGCCGCAGUUUCCGCUGCGCAUCAGUAGCUACCGCGCAUGCAGCGUCGAGUCGAAGUGUCACCUCUGCGUAAUGUUAAGACGAUGGUCCGAGGAGCUCCAUCGCCGCGGUAAACCUCGCUUUUGGCGAUCCACCUUUCAGGCAAAGCUAACCAUUUCUUUAAUAUGCCAAUUGCAUGUGUGAAGAAUUAAAAUUUGAGCCAGUCGUUAUGUAUGCGUUGUGGCCGAAGAUCGCAACGAAACACGUACACUGAAACAAAAGAGAGAAGGUGCGGCGCUGACUUUCAACUAUAUCUUUGCCACGUGCACGAAUAAAUAGGUAGAAUAUCAUCUAUGUCGCAGAAAAAAACAUGACAAGAAAAUAAAAA